GAGUUCGAAGGCCGUAGGAGGAAAGACUGCGAAUAAAACACUUGCACUAGCACGUUUUGCAUUACGCUGUCUCUAGUAACAUCGGAGUAACAUGGCCGGGGGCCAGGAGUAAACUUGCAGUGUUCAAAUUGCAACUCCACCUUCAUUUGGCACGCGACAUGAUCUUUUAUUCGCAGUUCUUAUUGUAAGAAACUGCAAGGGCGACUUGCGCUGAAGACAAGACGUGGUGUAACAUUGGUGUUACAGUGUGUGUACAUAGACACAGCACAGGCAGGGCCUCCACCCAGUUAUAGAGUCACCAUUAGUACGCAGCCAGCGUAAAAUAUAGCAGAAACCAUCUCCGAGCUGAGUAGGAUGACACAACGGUCACCUAGGAAAAGCCCACGCUUAAACGAUGGCCAGGAGAUAGCUACCACGGCGAGUGGGACGCAGACAAAGCGGACAAGUAGAAUGGUGAGCACUGUAUCACAAAUGCAAGUUCCCGCUGUUAGCGCAACACAAAGCCCCAGCACCGUGGAUGCGGGCACAAGUGUACAACCUGCCGGCACUGUGGCCGCGGGAGUGAGUGCACGAGCCAGCACAUUGACAGGAGCGCCAAGCCCAAGCACGCAACUCUCAAGUACGCAAGUCAUGGAUUUGAUAAAGAGAGUCGCUGUGCUAGAGCACGAGUUGCAGAGGUCAAAAACUGGUCAAGCACAUGUGAGUACAGUUACUGAUCCCGUUAAGUUGAGUAGUGCUGGCAUGAGUGGUACAGCUAACCUGCCGCCAUCUUUGAUCGGAGCGGAGAGCGGAGAGCCAUCGUCGAGUGGAAGUUUGAGUGAAACUGCAACUAUGAGUGUAGUCCCAAAUUCAAAAGUAAGUUUGAGUGGAACUACCAUUUUGAGCAGAUCGCCAUCUUUGAGUGAGGCACUGCCUACGUCAUUGAGUGGAAAUUUGGGAACACAGUUGCAAACGGUAGAACGGGCUACAGUUAUGGAUAACUGCUCUACAACGUCAAGCCGCUCGACGCCAUAUUGCUUUGCAGGCAUUGCACAGCCAACGCUCAGCUACACUCCGGCACAGGAGAACCAACAAACGAUAAUUUUGGAGCCAACGCAGGCAACUGGGAACUUCGCAUGGACGACUCCCAGGAACGAUGUAUGCCUGCCACGCAAAUUACCAGAUCUACCCGAGUUUGGAGGUCAACCUGAGGAUUGGCCUAUAUUCUUCUGCGCGUUUACGGAAACAACUUUGGCGUACAACUGUACAAAUCUGGAGAAUAACCAGCGAUUGUUGAAGGCACUCAAAGGCGAAGCACGUGACACUGUGAAGUCGUUGCACAUACAUCCCAGGAAUGUGAACAACGUAAUUGAACAAUUACGUUUUAGAUACGGCCGCCCAGAACAGCUAAUACGCAGCCAGCUAAUUAGUAUUCGAGAGGUGCAGCCAAUUCAGGAGCACAGCAUAGCUAAAAUCGUGCCAUAUGCCACACGCGUAAGUAACCUUGCCGCCUUUCUACAAUCGGCUAACGGGGAACAGCAUUUAGCGAAUCCUACACUGAUGGAGGAUUUGGUCGCUAAAUUACCACCAAGCAAGAGGGUGGAUUGGGCCAGACAUGCAGCUACGAUUAGGCCUUUCCCGACGGUCGUACAUUUUAGCGCGUGGUUAACGGACUACGCCAAUGUGGUAUGUACGAUUGUGGACGUCGAUAGUAAGGAGCAAAGACGUAGAGUGCUGCAUGCCAGCAUUGACCAGAAUAAUGAAGGGCGUCACCGAGGUCGCACCAAACAGUGUCCAAUCUGUAAUGGACAACACGCAGUCAGGGACUGCAACGAGUUUAACUUAGCCUCUCCGCUAAAGAGGUGGACAGUCGUAAAAAGGCACCGGCUUUGUUUUUCGUGUUUACGAGUUGGCCACAUGGCAAGAGUCUGCAAUAGGGCCAACGAAUGCCAAGUUAAUGGAUGCCGGAAGAGACAUCAUCGACUCUUACAUUAUCAUGAUGCUAUGAGUCACAAUGCACCGCAACCAGCAGGUGAUAGAGUGAUGAAUACUGGACGGAUGCCGCAGCCAGCGGAUCCUCACACAAGGGCACCGCAGCCAGCGGAUCCUCAAUCGACGCAACAAAGGAACUUAAGUUGUGUCGAUUCGGAUGGAGAACGCCUACUAUUCCGCAUAUUGCCAGUGACAUUGCACGGGGCCAAUAAGCGGAUCGAUACUUACGCGCUCCUCGACGAGGGCUCGUCUGUAACGAUGAUCGACGACGAACUACUGCGCGAUCUAGAUAUCAAAGGGGAACGCAGGCAACUAAAUAUACAGUGGUUUGGUGGAAGAGCAACCAGAGAGCCGACCACAGUGGUAAGCAUGGAAAUGUGUACGCCGUGUCCAACCUCAGCUUACCAAUGCAAAGCCUGCAUCAACGUGACGUCCAAAUGUGGGGCAACGGUGCACGUCUUCCAAUGAAACCGUAUCGCGGGGCGAUACCAAAACU